AUGCGGCGAAUCCGAGAGCUCCGCCGUCUUCUGACCGUCGUCACGUCAUCGUCGACUCCAAAAGCGCCGCGUCGAUUUCGGGCGUUGUGUACACACAGCACCAACGCCGAAGCGGCCAAAUACGAGCGGAAGAGUCCGACGGAGCACGUGCUCCUCCGGCCGGACACUUACAUCGGCGGCGUCGGAAUGCGCGAAGCACAGACGUGCUGGAUUCUGGAGGGAAAGAGAGUCAGACGGACGGAAGUCACCUAUCCGCCGGGCCUUUUGAAGAUUUUCGAUGAAAUUCUGGUCAAUGCCGCCGAUAAUAAGGCGAGGGAUCCGAGAAUGAAUCGGUUGGAAGUGGAGGUCGAUAGGUACGGCACGAGAGAAAUAUCACAUUUUGUGGGCUCAUUCAAACAGCAAAAACAAGUUUUUUACCCCAAAAACCCGAUUCAAAACCGGAAAAAUACCCAAAUUUUUGAUGACUUUCGAAAAAUAAUGCAAACGCGCUCCACUGCGAAUGAAAAAGUGAGAAUUUGUUUGGCGCGAAAUGCGAAAACGUUGGAGGCGAAAUCAAGAAAACUGCUCAAUUUUCGAAUUUCAAUUUUGUCACAGAGAACGUCCGCAUUUCAGAAAACUCUGGGAACUCGCUUGCAAUCUAAUUAGAAGCGGUUUCAAUCUAAGUGAAGCAAAUUCUACUUCAAACGAGUUCGUAUUAGAUUGCAAAGUUUUCUAAUUAGAUUGCGAUCGAGUUCCCAGCGAAAUGAAAAAUUGCUUUUAUUCUUCUUCUCCUUGCCUGCAAGUUUCAACGUUUCAGCCAAUCUGGUCGCAUUUCGGUGUGGAACAACGGAAACGGACUGCCCGUCCAAAUCCAUCCGUCGGAAGGCAUCUACGUGCCGACGCUCGUGUUCGGAAACCUCUUCACGUCUUCAAAUUACGAUGACAACGAGAUCAAAAUUGUCGGCGGACGGAACGGAUACGGAGCCAAAUUGUGCAACAUCUUCUCAACCGAAUUUGUGGUCGAGACUGUCGAUACGCGCACGGGCAAAAAGUUUCGGCAGGUUCGAACAUUUUCUGUGAACUUUGAUGACUGAAAAGCGCAAAAUGUUCUCUCGAAACGUUACUUUUAACUAUUUCUGUUCAAUAUCUAUAAAAAUCACCGAAAACAAAAGCCACGCCUCUAUUUUUUAUCUUCCAGAGAUGGUACGACAACAUGAAGCAGUGCGACGAGGCAGAAGUGACGGAUCUCACGGACCCAUCGGCGGAGGACUACACAAAAGUCGAGUUCGUCGCCGAUCUCCGACGCUUUCAUCUCGACCGUCUCAACGACGACGUCAUCGCGCUCAUCCGAAGACGUGUCGCAGAAGUGGCGGCUACUCUGCCACGUGGCGUCGACGUUGUGCUCAACGGCCAACGAGUCGAUAUCGACGGAUUCGAGGACUAUGUUCGCGCUUUUGAGGACACAGAGCAGGAGGAGCCCAUCGAAUUUCUGUUUCUGCAUCCGACGCAACGGUGGCACGUGGGCGUCGCCAAACGAAACGGCGACGAACUUCCGCGCGUCGUCAGCUUUGUGAACAAUAUCAAUACGGAGAAGGGCGGAAGCCACGUGGAUUAUGUGGUGGAAAAGAUUGUGGCGGUCGUGCGAAGACUGGCAGAGGAGCGGAUGAGUGGCGCAAAAACGGUCAAAUCGGCGCUCGUGCGCAAUCAUUUAUCCGUUUGGAUCAACUGUCUCAUCGAGAACCCGUCGUUCGAGAGCCAGACCAAAGAGACGCUGACGACCAAGACGAGAAUGUUCGGAUCGAGUUUCGAUUGCGAUUCGGAGGUUCGCAAAGCCACCAUUUGAAAUCUGUAAAAGCAUAAUUGCGACCCGAGCUGAUAUCAACAAUUAACCGAAUGGUCCCACGCUUUUCACAAUUUGCAGCCUUGGAAAUGUAUAAUGCCGGCCCAUAUCAAAGUUGAGUGACGACAUAUAUCAAUCCAAUAAAUUUCGGGUGAAAUCUACAUCUAUGAAGCGAGAUGAUACACAAAAGUUGUAAACUAGAGAAAUCAGGUACAAGGUUUGUAGAUUAUACACAAACAUUUUUGGAUGGCUAUGACGUUUCUCAACUUUGCUAUGCAUCCUUAAAUUCGGAAUAUUUUUAACUGAGAAGCAGUUGACCGUUACUGUACAUUUCCAAGACUGCAAAUUGUGAAAAGUGGUCAAAAAUGCAACUUCUUCCAGAAAGUCGCCGAAUGGGCGCUGGAAACGGGUCUAAUCGACGAUAUCGUCGACGAGGUGAUGAAUGCGAAAAAGAGGAAAACGAACACGAAACGCGGCAGCACAUCGGUCCGAGAUAUUGUCAAAUUGGAGGACGCCGCGUGGGCGGGUGUACCUGGAAAAGCGGAAAAGUGUACGCUGAUUUUGACAGAAGGUACAAAACCCUCAUAAUUAUUUCUUUUCGAAGCAAAAUACCCCCUCUCCUUGCCAGAUCUUUUAUUAUAUUCUUUCAGGAGACUCUGCGAAAGCCCUGGCUCUGGCCGGACUGGAAGUUCUAGGCCGUGAGACGUUCGGAGUGUUCCCACUAAAGGGAAAACUGAUAAACGUGUCCGGCCUGGACGAAGUGAGAGCCGCGAAAAACGAGGAAAUCGGUAGUUUGAUGCGAAUCCUCGGCCUCAAAUUCUCGGAGCCCCGUCCCCCUCUGGAGACGUUACGCUACGGAAAACUGAUGAUUUUGGCGGAUCAGGACGAGGACGGAAGUCACAUUAAAGGACUCGUCGUCAACUUCAUCCACAGAUUCUGGCCACAACUUCUUCAGGAUUCUCGAUUCAUUCAAUCGUUUCGAACGCCGCUUCUGAAGGCGAAACGAAAGGACCAAGUGAAGGCGUUCUUCACGAUGAACGACUAUCGAAAGUGGGCGGAUUCGGAGCAGAAUUUGGGGAAAUGGAAAAUCAAAUACUAUAAAGGACUUGGCACUUCGACUUCGAACGAAGCGAGAGAGUACUUCAGCCAGCUGCCACUUCACGUUGUCAAGUAGGGAUACUGUAUUCAGGAUUGGAAAAAAUGACACAUCUAUGUUCUAGUUUCAAAUUGGCAAACGAGCAAGACGAUGAAGCGAUUCGAAUGGUUUUUGAUAGGGAAAAAACGGAAGAACGCAAAGAAUGGAUACGGGCGGCUCGGAGCACAGAAGCGGACAAUUUGGAUACGGAAAUGAGCUACAAGGAGUUUGUAGACGGGGAACUCAUGCAGUUCGGAACGGCCGAUUUGAGAAGGUACGAGCUCAGAUUUCAAUCGGUAGGGCCCUUUGGAUCACGAUCAUUCACGUUCAAAAAUCGCAAGAAACGUAGGUGCGGGAUGUUUGAGACACGCCAAAACAAAACAGGCACCCUCGUCCCGAACUGCCGGCGCUCAACAAGAAAUGUGCAGAUUGCACGAAAAAGAAGAAUUCCGUACAUUUCUUGCGAUUCCUGAGGGAACCACAACUUCCGAAUGCUAACCAAUGAUCCCAAUGAUCUCGAUUUCAGAUCGAUCCCAUCUCUGGUCGACGGUCUGAAGCCAUCUCAACGGAAAAUCCUGUGGACUCUGCUGCAAAUGAGCGAUUCGGUCGAGAUGAAAGUGUCGCAAUUGGCCGGAGCCGUCGCCCACAGUCAGUCCUAUCAUCACGGAGAGGAGUCGUUGGUCAGAACGAUCGUCCGAAUGGGUCAGACGUUUUGCGGCGCCUCGAACCUGCCUCUACUCCAACCGAUUGGCCAGUUCGGAACGCGGCACGAGGGCGGAACCGAUGCGGCUUCCGCGCGGUACAUCUUUACUGCUCUCGCGUGAGUGCAGUCUUAAUCGGAACUUCUUUUUUUUUGGAAUCAAAAUGCCUAGAAAAAUCGUUUAAUAUUUCAGGCCGACGACCCGUCUUCUGUUCCCGUCGGCCGACGAUGAUCUUCUGGAAAAGCGGAACGAGGAGGGAUUGAUUGUGGAGCCCAACUUCUUGUGCCCAAUUAUUCCGUUGAUUCUGGUGAACGGAACCGAAGGAAUCGGAACCGGAUGGUCGACAAAAGUGAUCAAUCGAAAAGUGACCGAUAUCAUUGAUCUGCUUCGAUGGAGCAUCGAUGACGCUCCAAAUCGCCACGACGCCCCGCCCCUUCUACCGUACUUUGAGGAUUUUCACGGAAAAAUCGAGGCAGAUACGAAGAGCACGCGAUUUUUCAGCUCGGGAAGAAUUCGUUUAAGCAAACCGGAACGCCGGAAUUCGGCGACGAUCACCGUGGAAAUUCUGGAGCUGCCCGUCGGAAUGUGGACGUCAAAGUACAAAGAACGACUUCAUCGCAUCAUCGAGUCACUGCCGGUUCUCGAAUUUUCGGAGCAUCACACCGAGAAACAAGUGCAUUUUCGGAUUGUGCUCGACCGAAAACGGGCUGCCGGAGUGCUGCAGAAGAGCAACGCCGAGCUGCUGAGCCUUUUCAAACUUCGGACACCCGUCACAGAAAAUCUGGUGCUGUUCGACGGCAGCGGGCAGUUGAGAGAGUUCCAGAAUGUUCACGAGAUUGCUCGCGAAUUCUUCACAGUCCGCAAAGAUCUUUAUGAGCGGCGGCUCGAGGUGCAGAAGGAAGAGGCGAAGGCCAAGUUGGAAUACGUGCAAAAUCAGGUUUUGUUAGAUUUCCGUUGUUAUGACUGCGAAAAUCGGAGCUGCGAGUUUGAAAACUUCAACAAGUUUGCGCUUUGUCGUCAAAACUUUGCGACCAUUUUCACUAGCAAUAAAUGGCAAAUUUUAAAUCAAUUUACACACAUGAGAACCCUUCAUUUUCAGAUCAAAUUCAUCGAUUCUGUGACGAACGGAACUAUCGAACUGCGUGCGAUGGGCAGAUCCGAGCUGGAGCGGAAAAUGGGCGAAAUGGGAUUCGCGGGGAAUCCGACGGCUUUUGGAGGGCGCAAAGAUUACGGAUAUCUGCUGGAGAUGCCGCUUUCGCGGUUGACCGCCGAAGAAGUGCACCGAUUGGCGGAGCGGAAGGCGCGGCGGACCGAAGAAUUGGCGAGGGCGGAGGCGGCCGACUGGAAAUCCACGUGGCACUCCGAGUUGGAUCGGUUGGCACAAGGAGUGACAAGAAACCUUUGA